GGACGUUUCCCACGUUGGAGCAGCUGCCUGCCCUGCCUUGGAUGGUAAUCUGGUCCCAACACGCAGACAACUGGCCGUUGGAGUAUAACUUCCCAUCAUGGUGAACCAGGUCCAGCGAGGGGAUGGCAACUGGUCCGGCAAGAGCGACUCCAGCGGGGCCAGCAACAGCGGCGGGGAGAGCUCCAAGGAGAGCUCCCGGUGCUCCACGCCGGUGCUGGACGCCGAUCGGGCCGACAGGCUGCGGGACAAGAUGCGGAGGAGGAUGGAGUCCGGAGACCGCUGGUUCUCGCUGGAGUUCUUCCCUCCGCGCACAGCCAGUGGAGCUGUCAACCUCAUCUCAAGAUUUGACCGUAUGGGCUCCAGAGGGCCCCUGUUCAUUGACAUUACUUGGCAUCCAGCAGGGGACCCGGGCUCGGACAAGGAAACCUCGUCCAUGAUGAUCGCCAGCACGGCCGUCAACUACUGUGGCCUGGAGAGCAUUCUCCACCUGACCUGCUGCAACCAAACCAAAGAGAAGAUUACGGGCUACCUGGCUAAAGCAAAGCACCUGGGCCUCAAGAACAUCAUGGCGCUGCGAGGAGAUCCACUGGGAGUGGACUGGGAGGAAGAGGAGGAAGGCUUCAACUACGCCAUCGACCUCGUUAAACACAUCCGGUCAGAGUUCGAUGACUACUUCGACAUCUGUGUUGCCGGCUACCCAACGGGCCACCCUGAGGCCGAGAGCUACGAGGACGAUCUCAGGCACCUGAAGGAGAAGGUGGACGCCGGAGCCAACAUCCAGCUGUUUUUCAGAGCAGACACUUUCCUCAAGUUUCUAGACGACUGCAGGACAAUUGGCAUCACGUGUCCCAUCCUACCUGGAAUCUUUCCCAUUCAGGGCUACCAGUCUCUGCGUCAGCUUGUGAAGCUGUCGAAGCUGGAGGUGCCAGAGGAGAUCACCCAAGUCAUCGAGCCCAUCAAAGACAACGACGCCGCCAUCCGCAACUACGGGAUCCAGCAAGCGGUGGACAUGUGCCGCGUGCUGCUGGACAGCGGCAAGGUGCCGGGCCUCCACUUCUACACGCUGAAUCGAGAGGUCGCAACCAUGGAGGUGCUUCGACAGCUGGGCCUGUGGAUAGAAGACCCCAGGCGGCCUCUUCCCUGGGCAGUGAGCGCUCAUCCCAAGCGGAAGGUGGAAGAUGUUCGGCCCAUCUUUUGGGCCUCCAGACCCAAGAGCUACAUCUACAGAACCCAGGACUGGGAUGAGUUCCCCAACGGCAGAUGGGGAAACUCCUCGUCUCCAGCGUUCGGUGAGUUGAACGACUACUACCUGUUCUACUUGAAGAGCAAAUCGUCCAAAGAUGCGCUGCUGCAGAUGUGGGGCGAGGAGCUGAUGAACGAAGAGAGCGUCAACGAGAUCUUUACCUGCUACAUCACCGCCCAACCGAACCGUCGCGGUCACAAGGUGUUGUGUUUGCCGUGGAACGACGAGCCUCUGGCCCCGGAGACCAACCUGCUGAAGGAUGAGCUGGAGAAGGUGAACAGGCGAGGAGUCCUCACCAUCAACUCUCAGCCCAGCAUCAAUGGCAAACCCUCCACGGACCCUAUCGUGGGCUGGGGCCCAGCGGGGGGCUACGUCUUCCAGAAGGCCUAUCUGGAGUUUUUCACCUCCAGUGAAAAUGUGACUGCUCUCCUGAAAGUGCUCAAGAAGUACGAGCCCCGUGUCAACUACCAGAUUGUCAACGUGCAGGGCCGUAACCUGACCAACGCCCCGGACAUGCAGCCCAACGCUGUGACGUGGGGGAUCUUCCCAGGCAGGGAGAUCGUUCAGCCGACUGUCGUGGAUCCAGUCAGCUUCAUGUACUGGAAGGACGAGGCCUUUGCCUUGUGGAUCGAGCAGUGGGCCAAGCUCUACGAGGACGAGUCUCCUUCGCGGAUGAUCAUCAAGUACAUCCACGACAACUACUUCCUGGUCAACCUGGUGGACAACGACUUCCCGCUGGAGAACUGUCUGUGGCAGGUCAUCGACGACAUGUUCGAGCUGCUCGAUGCCCCUCUUGAGCCGCUCAGCGAUGGAACGGUCUCCGAGUAGGACGAGUCACUUCAAACCACGUUUCUUAUCGCAGAAAGAACACUACGAGACACUAAACAUUUUAUGCAUUUUCUAAAAAAAAAAAGAGAAAAAAAAGCUGCUAAUUACAAUACACACCUUGUACUGUUCAGUGUGCUUUGCAGUAUUUUUACAGACUUUUUAUAGAUUUGUUGUUGUUAUGAUUUUAUUUUUUUUAAACACUUGAGUGAAGGGGAGACAUUGUGCUAAUGAAACUAUAUAGAAUCAUCUGAGUAUUUCUGAUGAGCAACUAAAUCCUCUGCAACAUUUCCAGCUGAUAAACUAUCACAUGUGCUCUUACAAAUUUGACCUUUUUGUAGUUUAAUGAUGCAGAUCUCACAGAACAACCUCUCUGUAUGGAUUUUGAUAAUGUCAAGUAGUUUGUAUUGUGGUUUUUAAUUCAAGCUGUCUGUUUGCCUUACAGAAUGCUAAUGGAUUUUUUUUAUUGGGUGUGUGUGCGUGUGUGUUUGUAGUCGUGAUGUACUUGAGCUCUAGAUGAGAUGUGCACGUGUGAAAAGAUGAAAUGUUGAUUCCUUGUCGGGAAGCGUUAACAGCUACACUGGGUACCUGCUGCCUUGAUACGUUUUAAAUGUGCGUCGUAUUUAUUAGUUCUGACUUCUUUCGCAUUAAAUAGUUUUUUUUGUAACCUG